AUGGCCCCCGGCGCCGAGCGCCCCGACCUCAACUACGGAUCCAAGAUCUUCCUACCGCCAUCCGCCUUGGAUAAGGUGUCAAGGAUGCACGUUCAAUGGCCUAUCAUGCUAGAACUAAUUAACGGGGCAGCGGCGGGCAAACACACACAUGCGGGCGUGCUCGAGUUCGUAGCGGAGGAGGGUAGGGCUUACAUUCCACAAUGGAUGAUGCAAUCACUUCAGCUCGAUGUGGGCGACAUGAUCCAGGUCAAGACCACCUCCCUCGAACUUGCCAAGCUAGUCAAGCUGCAACCCCAGUCCGUGAACUUUCUCGACAUCACCGACCCGCGUGCCGUCCUCGAGAAAGCCUUCCGCAACUUCGCGGCGCUGACGAAGGGCGACGUCUUCAACUUCGAGUACAACGAUGAGAUAUACGACAUGGCCGUUUUGGAUGUGAAACCCGAGACUGCUAGGAUGGGCGUCAGCAUGAUCGAGACGGAUGUGAGCGUCGACUUUGCUCCUCCAGUCGGCUACGUCGAGCCAGAGAGAGCGGCACGUGGCAGCGGCACCAGCACACCACGCAGUGCCAGAGGCGCAGGUGGUGGCGGUGUGCCUCCCGGGGGUCUACUCUAUAACCAAGGCACCAUGGCACAGGCCAUUAAUUACGACUCGAUCGCGCCGGGCUCAGCAGCAUCUUUGGCAGGAAACUUUGUGGGAGAGGGGCAACGGUUGAGCUCCAAGAAGGGCGGCAAGGCUCCGACGCCAAAGCCCGCAACCCCUGUGGCUGGCACGUCAAGCUCGGCCAAGGAAGCCACAGUACCCAUACGACGAAGCAAUGGGCCCGCGCCCCUGCGUCUCCCCCCUAACAAACUCUUCCUGGGUUACGAGAUCAAGCCGGUCAAGACGGCCGAGGAUAAGGAGAGGGAGGCUGCGAACGCAAAGCAGCCGCACUUCGCAGGUCAAGGCCAGACAUUGAGAGAGACCGCCAAGAAGAAGGGCGACAGUGACGAAAAGGGCGGGAAAUAA